UCACACGUGAUGUAAGCUGGACAGCUAUGUGCGGGCUUCCAGUAACAGUGUCACCUCUACACCGCAUACGCUCAUGCCUUUCAGCCACCCAAGGAUUUGUUUCCCAACAUGUGGCUUGAAUUGCUUUUGUCUCGUUUCUAUGUAUUACCUUUUUCUCGGCGAAAGCACAUCAUCGCCUAGCGUCUUCAACCCAACCAAACAGCGGGAGCGUCAUCCGAAAAAAUUACUUCUAGAAAAGAUGGAGUUGCCAUUGCACCUAGCCCAGUUUCUUCUGAUCCCAUCCACGAUAGGCGCUCGCCAUGGAACACCGCAAAUUCUCUAAAGACCUACCUGAGGAGGCACCGCCAAGCAGCCUCGACCGCGACGAUGAUUUUCAGCGCAUUGAUCCCAGGUCUGGAGUGAAGCGCGGUCUCAAAACGCGGCAUCUCAGCAUGAUGGCCUUGGCCGGCAUUAUUGGGCCUGGUCUCCUAGUUGGAGCAGGAGGCGCGUUGGCAAACGGAGGGCCGGCAUCCCUACUAAUCGGUUUCGGCAUCAUCGGCAUCAUCGCAUUUUCCAUUAUGCAGUCACUUGGCGAACUCACCACUCUGUAUCCCACCGGAGGCGCCUUCACGCAGCUGUCGGACCGCUUUGUCGACAAAGCAUUCGGAGUUGCUGUGGGCUGGAAUUACUGGCUCAUUUGGGGCUGCGUCCUUGCAAACGAAUACAACGUGGUCUCCUCCAUCCUUGUCUUCUGGUCCGACAAAGUUCCAUUGUGGGGUUACUUCCUCAUAUUCUGGUUUUUCUUCCUCGGCUUUCAAAUGCUUGGCGUGGAAAGCUUUGGCGAAGCUGAAUUCUGGCUUGCGUUGGUGAAGCUCGCAGGCCUGUGCGCGUAUUUCAUCUUCGGCAUCAUCUAUGCGAGUGGGGGUUUGAUCGGACAGAAAGAGGCCUUAGGAUUCAGAUACUGGAACGACCCAGGGCCUUGGGUAUCCGGUUUCCGUGGUGUGGCCUCUGUCUUUGUGUUUUGCUCUACGUUUUAUGCAGGAGUAGAAAGCGUGGCUGUCGCUGCCACGGAGACCAAGAAUCCAGCUGUCGCCGUUCCCCUCGCCAUAAGACAAGUCUUUUGGCGCAUUAUUUUCAUCUACAUGGGCUCCGCUUUCUUUUUCGGUCUCACGUGCCCGUCGGAUGCUGAAGGACUGGUGAACGGAUCCAGUCGUGCGCUCAAGAGUCCCAUGACAAUAGCCAUUCAGAACGCAGGCUGGGAAGGCGGGGUUCAUUUGAUCAAUGCCUUCAUCUUUAUUACUGUGUUAUCAGCCGCCAACAGUUCUAUAUACAUAGGAUCUCGCACACUACUUUUCAUGGCUAAAGAUGGCAAGGCUCCGCGCUUCUUGGGGUACACAAACAGUCGUGGUGUGCCCGUGUACGCGAUCAUCCUCACCAAUCUUUUUGGCGUCCUGAGCAUGAUGAACGUGUCCACAGGAGGAAGCGCGGCAUACUCUUACAUUGUCAACCUCUCCGGUGUUUCGACAUUCUGCGUCUGGGCCGCCAUUUCUUGGACACACAUUCGGUUUCGACAAGCCUGGUCAGCGCAAGGUCGACAUCCGGAUCAACUACCAUUCAAGUCCUUGUGGUAUCCCUGGAAUGCGUAUUUCGGGUUGUUCGCAAAUAUCUUCCUUGCCUUAGUACAGGGAUGGACAACGCUCAGUCCUUUCGACGCCGGAACUUUCGUCGACGCCUACAUUUUGCUACCCCUGUUCUUCAUUAUAUGGUUUGGAUACAAAUUCGUUUUCAAGACAAAGUUCCAUGGAAAGUACGAAAUCGAUCUAGAUGCAGGACGGAGAAAGGACCUCGACAUGCGGGAAUUACUCGAUGAGCCGAGCGGAGAACAAGGGCAGGCUAAGAGACCCUUGUGGAAGCGGCUAUGGAGAGACUUUUGAGCGAUGAUCGCAAUGGUACGUGGUCAGCUAGUGGUCGCCUAUUUCGAGCAGUUUAAUCCAUGGCUUCAGCGUCACGCAGUGACAUGCUCUAUUCUCCCUAGGUUUUCUGACAGAUGCACGUGGCCCGCUAUUCAAUGACGGUGCAGAUGCCCUUCGGUACUGUACAUACCAGCGUGGUCCUAUUUUGUUUUCACUACAAUCAACCAAUCAGAUCCCACCGAAGUCAUUCACAUUGGGUGUGUUCUUCACAGAUCCCAACUUCGCUAAUCCCAUUUGGGAACAAACUCAAGAGAUGCCGAAACAGCGAGCGUCCGCUAGCUGCACAGUGUAUCAAUCAGUCGCCGACCUACACUAGAGCUUGUAUCGCCACGAUGGAGUUCGGCAUGGGCCUCCUGGACGACUCGUUCGACUCGUGUUGCUAGGUUGCUAGGCAGACUUCGAGAUGCAAUGUAUACAUUCUAUCAGGCCCCCUGCAUGCGGAUUUUCAUGGCUUUUCC